AUGGAGACUUUGAAGGGUUUUAGUUUCUUUCUUUUCUCCAGUCCUACCACUGUACUUGGAGUAGGUCUCCUAUUGAUUAUCCUUUAUUUUGUUUCUGUUGAUUCUUCCUCCAGAGAAACGGGUAAAGAACCUCCAGGACCAAAGCCUCUGCCUCUGCUUGGCAACCUGCUGCAGCUUGAUCUCCAGAGACCCUACAAAACACUGUGUGAGCUUUCCAAGAAAUAUGGAUCUGUGUUUACUAUUUAUCUUGGACCAAAAAAAGUGGUUGUUCUCGCCGGGUACAGGACAGUCAGAGAGGCUCUGAUCAACUGUGCAGAGGAAUUUGGAGAAAGAGAAAUUGGACCUAUAUUUGAUGAAAUAAACAAAGGACAUGGAAUUCUGUUUUCAAAUGGAGAAACGUGGAAAGAGAUGCGUCGUUUUGCCCUCAGCACCCUGAAAGACUUUGGGAUGGGGAAGAGAGUUGCAGAGGAGAAAAUCUUAGAGGAGUGUGGACACCUCAUUCAAGUGUUUGAGAGUUAUAAAGGGAAACCAUUUAAUACAUCCCAUCCAGUAAAUUAUGCAACAUCCAACAUCAUCUCCUCAAUAGUGUUUGGAAGCAGAUUUGAUUAUGAUAAUCUUCGAUUCAGAAACCUGGUUAGUCGGGUCAAUGAGUCUAUAAGUCUAUUUGGCACUACAGGAAUUCAGCUCUACAGUACAUUUCCCCGGCUGGUCAGAUGGAUAAAAAACCGUCAGGUGAUUUUAAAAAACACUGAAAAGACGAUCAGAGAUGUGGAGGAUAUAACACAGAAAUUGAAGGAGACACUCAACCCUCAGAUUUGCAGAGGACUGGUGGAUUGUUUUCUGAUUCGAAAGCAGAAAGACGAGGACUCUUGUGUCAAAGACAUUCAGUUCACUGAGGAGAAUCUGAUAUUUACAGUGAUGAACCUGUUUUCUGCUGGAACCGACACCACAGCUGCAACACUGAGGUGGUGUUUGCUGCUCAUGGCAAAGUAUCCACAAAUUCAAGACCAAGUUCAGGAGGAGCUGACCAGGGUGGUUGGAAGUCAUGAGGUUCAUGUGGAAGACCGUAAAAAUCUGCCGUACACUGAUGCUGUCAUCCAUGAGAUACAGCGGCUUGGUAACAUCGUUCCUAUGGCGAUCCCACACAAAACCAGUCAAUAUGUUACCUUUCAGAAAUACUUCAUUAAAGCGGGAACUACUGUGAUUCCCCUCCUUACAUCUGUUCUGUAUGAUGAAAGUGAAUGGGAGAGCCCUCACACCUUCAACCCUUCUCACUUUUUGGACAAGGAGGGAAGAUUUAUUAAGAGAGAUGCCUUUCUGCCAUUUUCUGCAGGUCGCAGGGCGUGUAUAGGAGAGAGUCUGGCAAGGAUGGAGGUUUUCCUCUUCUUCACCUCACUCCUUCAGCGUUUUCGUUUCAUGCCUCCACCUGGAGUUUCUGAAAAUGAUCUGGAUCUGACUCCAGCGGUGGGAUUCACCAUCCCUCCUUCUCCUCAUGAGCUCUGUGCCAUCAGUCGGCAGUGAAGAAUGAAGGAAAAUAUUAAGGUUUUUCCAGUCAUAAUAAAUAAUUAAAAAUAAUUAAAUAUUAAUUAAUAAUAAUUUAAAAUAUCUUAGU